AAAUAUUGGAUGUUUGGGGAUAUUAACCGGUGAGAGACAAUUGGGCUUUGAUCCACGCCGCUGAUCAAGGCAACAUCCCAAUGCCUUUAACUCGCGCGCCAUUGAUCUCCUACCACUUAACUCAGGUGGAGCCUCCAGCCCAGCACCAGUUGGUUCCUUCUUAUGUCCUUCUCUCUAGACUGGAUGGUUAUCCUUAAGGCUUUUUAGGGUCCUGAUGCUGUUCGUGAGACGACCAUUCUGUAUAAGCUCAAGCUUGAAGAGAUUGUGACUACUAUUCCCACAAUUGAGUUUAAUGUGGAGACUGUGGAGCAUAAGAACAGUAGCUUCACCGUUUUGGAUUUUCUUUAUUGUUUCGGCCCAGGUUCACUUCUUUUGCUAGUAAUUCAUGCUGAUUAAUCUUCUUUUGAUUUAGUUUUGUGAGUUCAUGAUCAGUUAAGGGUUUUAGGGUGUUGAUGAUGUUCUUUUCUGUAAAUGAUCAAAGAUCUUGAUGACCAUACAAAUCAAUCGUGGGUAUGAUGAAAGAUUCUUCCUUUUUGUCAAUUGAAAGAAAUUUGUGUACUGUGUAGUUGAAUCCGCUGUUUUUAAUACAAGAUCAUUGUAGCCAAUUGUAAAAGAUCGGAAUCAAUUCUCAUUGGUAGC